GAUAGUGGCAAUUGUCGCAAUGACAGUUAUGAUAUGGCGAUUAUUUAUACGGACUAAACUCCACCGCGGUUACUACUCACUCACUCAUAGGAAAUAAACAUUAUUAAUACCUCUUAUCUACCAUGACGACUGUCAAUGACACAGUGCCAGCUGGGUCUUACGCAUAUACUAACACACUUGAGGGCAUUUACUACGGGCCCAAGUGCGUUGAAACCGCACUCCCAAAACUUUUGGACACUCUUGGAGCCAAACGAGCGCUUAUCGUAACAGGAAAGUCUCUCCGCAACAAGACUGGUAUUGUGGAGGAAAUCGAGAACAUCUUGAAGAAAUACAAUGCAUUUGGUGCUACUUUCUCGGAAAUCGGGGAGCAUACUCCUGAGGCUGGUAUCGAGAACGGCGUUUCCAAGUUUCGUGAAGUCGACGCCGAUAUUAUAGUGUCCGUUGGUGGAGGUUCUCCCGUCGAUGCAUCAAAGGCUAUUAUUUUCAGGCUGCAGCAGCAAAGAGCACAAGAAACAUCUGGCAAAGAGCUGGAGUUCUUGCGGCAAAUCGCAAUACCAACAACCCUGAGUGCGGCCGAGUACACGUGUAGCGCAGGUUAUACCAAUAAACAGGGUGACAAGGUAGCUAUCAGUCAUCAACAGCUUACUCCAGCGGGGAUCAUCCUGGACGCCGAGUUGACUCUUUCAACACCUGAACAAUUAUGGCUUUCUACUGGCGUGCGUGCGCUGGACCAUGCAGUCGAGAGUCUAUACAGACCUGGAGUGCCCUUACCAAUGAAAAGGCUAUGCCAUGCUGCCAUCGCUGAUCUUUUUCAUUUUCUUGUAUUAUCAAAGAAAGACAGCGAAGAUCUCGUUGCCAGGCAGAGGCUGCAAGUUGCGUCAUGGAUGAGUUUAUGGCCGCGGAGGAUCGAAAAGCCUAGCUCGUUAGGAUUAUCUCACACGCUUGGUCAUAAGCUCGGAGCAACAUAUGGGAUACCGCAUGGCAUCACCUCAUGCUUGACACUUGCACCGGUCGUCAACCUACAAGCGGAAAUAGCAAGUCAAGAAGAUAAGGAGUACCUUGCUGAAGCCUUACUAUAUCUCAGAGAGCCAUCAACUGGGACUGUUGACGGAGAUGUCAAGAAACUAUCGUACAUGAUCGCUAGCCUUGUGCAAGAGCUCGGACUGCAGAGGACGUUGAGCCAAUAUGGGGUACCAACGGCCGACAUUGAACAGAUCGCGGUCCGUGCAGUUGGUCAAGAGGAUGAAGAGUUGCUUUCAAAGGUCAAGAUUAUUUUGGAGAGCAUUUACUGAUUCAAGUCCUGCUCGUUAUUGAGUGGUGGAUGACACCGAUGUAAAUAUAUGCACAAGCCUUACUCCACUAUUUUUCGCGAUGCCGGCCCCGAACAAGUUGAGGAAAUUAAAGUGGGUGGUUUUUCUGUUUAUUU